AUCCCAUCCCCUCCCUUCUCAGCCUACCUCGAGUCUUCUCUUCGCGCGAUCUGCACCUCGUAGCUGCGGGGACCCGCGGGGACUGCCUGGCACGGCGCGAUGAAGUCGAGCGGCAGCAACACGGAAGCCCCGGGUCGCGGCCCACGGGUGCUGGUGGUGGGCGGCGGCAUCGCCGGGCUGGGCGCUGCUCAGAGGCUCUGCGGUCACCCUGCCUUCCCGCACGUGCGGGUCCUGGAGGCCACGGCCCGCGCCGGAGGCCGCAUCCGCUCGGAGCGCAGCUUUGGUGGUGUGGUGGAGAUAGGUGCUCACUGGAUCCACGGGCCCUCCCAGGGCAACCCUGUCUUCCAGCUGGCCGCCAAGCACGGGCUUCUGGGGCACCAGGAGCUGUCAGAGGAGAACCAGCAGAUAGAGACUGGAGGUCACGUGGGCCUGCCCUCUGAGUCUUAUGCCAGCUCGGGGGGAAGGGUGAGCCUCGAGCUGGUGGCGGAGAUGGGCAGUCUGUUCUACAGCCUCCUGGACCAGUCCCGGGAGUUCCUGCACGUGGCCGAGGCCCCUGUGCCCAGCGUCGGGGAGUACCUUAAGAAUGAGAUCCAUCAGCGUGUGGCCGGCUGGCCAGAGGCGGAGGAGGCCAAAAAGCUCAAGCUGGCCAUUCUGAACAACUUCUUCAACGUGGAGUGCUGUGUGAGCGGCACCCACAGCAUGGACCUGGUGGCCCUCGGGCCCUUUGGGGAGUACACCGUGCUGCCAGGGCUGGACUGCACCGUUCCCGGGGGCUACCAAGGAGUCACAAACUGCUUGGUGGCCUCUUUGCCCCAGGACGUGAUGGUUUUUAACAAGCCUGUGAAGACGAUCCACUGGAAUGGGUCCUUCCCGGAAGCCGGGGAGACGUUCCCAGUGCUGGUGGAGUGUGAGGACGGGGGCUGCUUCCCAGCACACCACGUGGUCGUCACCGUGCCCCUGGGUUUCCUUAAAGAACGUCUGGACACCUUCUUCGAGCCACCUCUGCCCCUGGAGAAGGCGGAGGUCGUCAGGAAAAUGGGCUUUGGCACCAACAACAAGAUCUACCUGGAGUUUGAGGAGCCUUUCUGGGAGCCCGGCUGCCAGCACAUCCAGCUGGUGUGGGAGGACACGUCGCCCCUGGAGGACGUUGCCCCCGCGCCACAGGACACGUGGGUCAAGAAGCUGGUUGGCUUCUGGGUCCUGCCUGCCUUCGGGUCUGCCCACGUGCUCUGCGGGUUCAUUGCCGGGCUGGAGUCUGAGUUCAUGGAGACGCUGUCGGAUGAGGAGGUGCUUCUGUCUCUGACCCGCCUGCUUCGCAGGGUGACAGGGGAUCCGCAGCUUCCCGCCCCCAAGAGCGUGCUGAGGACUCGCUGGCACAGCGCCCCGUACACCAGGGGCUCCUAUAGCUACGUGGCCGUGGGCACCACCGGGGAUGACAUUGACCUGCUGGCUGAGCCCCUCCCUGCGGACACAGAGAAGGCCCAGCUCCAGGUCCUGUUCGCAGGAGAAGCCACACACCGAACCUUUUACUCCACCACACACGGGGCUCUGCUUUCUGGCUGGAGGGAGGCCGACCGGCUCAUCGCUCUGCGGGACCCCCAGGUGCAGCUGCCCAGGCCCUGAGCCUGCCCGCUGGUUCUGUGCUGGGGGAGGCUCUCACCAUCCUUCCCUUUGCUCAGCCUGGCUGGACACUGGAAUGUGUUGUAGCCAUGGUCAGUGCUGUCAUUUCCACAGCUGUUGCUGGGUCUGGCCAGGGCUGGACUGCAGCCGAGUUGGGAGGUCUUCCUGGAGAAGUGAGACACAGGUGUGCUGGCCAUGGAUGCUGCUGGCUGCACAUAAAGCAUGUUAAAGCCUCUGUGUCCAGAGUCGUCCUUACACCCAGGGCUGCAGCUUCCGUGGCUUCUGUCUUUGCCUUGCCCCAGGCUCAGGUCAUUGCAGGGUUCUGUGCCCCUGGUACACGGCCUGCCCGCCCCUGUGUUCCCUGGACUCUGGGUGCUGUGGUUGCCCCUUGUCCGGGUGCUCCCAAGUUCUCACUAGUGGCUGGAACCGCAGCAUAGCCAACAGACCUCCCGUUGUUCACCUGCAGCUGCUCAGAGGGCUAGUGGGUGAGAAGAUGGGAGGUCCCAGGAGAUGCUGUGUCUUGAGGAUCUCUGAAAGAAGAGAACAAACAGUGAGACCUCGAGUGCAGAGGGACAGGGUAGCUAGCUGUGUGUUUCAGGGUGAGUGUGGGGAGCAUGUUGGGGAUUCACUGGGCAGUGUCGGGGUGAGUGUUGGCACAGAGCCUUGUCUUUCCUGUCUUCGGUCAAGUGGCCCCUCCAAGAAAGGGGUCUUCCCUGCCCCGGAGUUGUGUGUCCACUGCUGUGUGUCACUGGAAUAGCUCUGUUGGACAGCUGCCAGUCAGAGCGCUGUGAGCGGAACCCAGAAUUAAUCUUACUGUCUGAGGGCUGUGAACCAAGGCUGCUCCCCUCAGGUGCACUGAUCUGUACUGUGGACACCCACAGUUUCAUCAAGCCACGAGCCUCGGGGAGACAUUUCUGUAUCCCAGGAGGCAAAGGCAGGACCCAGGGGUUGGGGGCUGAGGGCUGGGGCUGAGCCCUCCGCGAUGUCUGACUCAUCAGGAGCCCAGAAGCCACGGGACAGGGCUUGUCGCAGGUGGUGGGCGCGCUUGUCUCAACUCCAAGGACACUUAGCGCUGAGUGUCAGGAGGUUUAAGGCCGUCCAGACCGCAGUAAUGAUGUCUUCGCGCUGAGAACCUGAGCGUGUUGGGUCUUGAAGAGCUCGCUUCAACAGUUCCGUUAGAGUAACAGUCUCGUAACCCCGUGUGCGGUUGAGUAGCGAUGCGCGCCCGGACUAGGUUCCACGGUGUCGGCCUCGAGCUCUCUGUGUAGUAACAGCAGCCCGCACUUGCAGAGGGCAUGUCUGUUACACUAAAACCUGUAGUACUUGAAAA